GGAGAAUGGGUGGAGGGAGGUAUGAUGAUGAUUUAACUGCUGCUGAAACCAUAUGUUUGGUUUUGUAGUAAGGACCAUACAUUGUGGAGGUUUUUGUGUCCCAGGGCUUACAGGGAGGUUUCGUAUUUCUUGCGGAAGCCCGAGAAGACUGGAUGUCAAGGCUACCUUCCGGUGCUAUCUUAGGUCUUCAGUAGUGGAUGUUGCCCACGCAGAAGCAGUUGCAAGCCUCCAUCUUGGCAGGGGUUAUUUAUUCCCCAGGAUCGUGGCUGAGGAAAAUGCAAGAAGCAUGAUUAAGGAUAUGGAGCACAAACUGGAAGGAUCUUCCCCUCAAGCUGAAUCCUGCUUGCUAAACAGGCAAGAAUUCAGCCUGGAGCAUGGAGAUGAAGAACUGGCCUUUGAAAGCUUCCAGCUUUUGCAGAUUGAUACUGAGGUUGAGAGUGCAAGAACCUUGCAGAUGGAUGGAGAGAUGUGGUGUUCGAAAAAUGUCUUGCGGAAACAGAGGCACUGGGAAAAAAUAGUUGCAGCAAAGAAGAGUAAAAGAAAACAGGAAAGAGAGAGAAGAAAAGCACAGCGAACAGAAAAUGCAGGUAUGAGCCCUCAGCAGAGCAAACGAGUUUUGAAAGCCAUGACCAAAGAGAGACUUUUGGCAGCCAAAAGUUCAGGACCCAAAAUUUGCAUAGAUUUGAGUAUGACAGAUCGAAUGACUAAAAAGGAAUUAAGCCGAUUGGCUGCGCAGAUCCGAAGGUUGUAUGGUUCAAAUAAAAAAGCCAAGAAGCCAUUCUGGAUCUGCCUCACUGGAUUUGCAACUGAUAGCCCUUUAUAUGAAGAGUGUUUAAGAAUGAAUGAUGGAUUCUCUAACUAUCUUAUGGAUACAACAGAAGAAGACUAUCUUGAUUUAUUUCCUUUGGAAAGCCUUGUGUACUUAACACCUGAUUCAGAGCAUGCACUUGAAGAUAUUGAUUUGGAUAAGGUUUAUAUCAUUGGUGGACUUGUGGAUGAAAGCAUUCAAAAGAAACUGACAUAUCAGAAGGCUCAAGAAAACUUAAUUCAAACUGCCCGCUUGCCAAUCCAGGAGUAUAUGGUUAAAAAUGCCAAUGCCAAGAACUACCAUUCAGAGAUACUGGCAAUCAAUCAAGUGUUUGAUAUCCUGUCAACAUAUGUGGAGACUCAAAAUUGGCCUGAAGCACUGAAAACAGGAGUUUCUCUUGGAAAAGGUUAUGUUAUUCCAAAUACAGUGGAAUGAAAGAUGGUAUAUCUUUUAUGAGAUGAUGUCAGAGAUUUUUUUUUUCUUCUUUUAAUAAUGGCUGGGGAGGAGUUAUCCUUAACCAGAUUUAUGAUUAAAGUCUGGUCUGAAGUUCUUACUUAUACAGGUAAAAUUGAGUCAUGGUACUUUUUUUUUUUGUUAUUGUACUUUUAAAAGUAUUUUUUUAAUACUUCAAAUAUAGAUAGAUAGAAACAGACUUUUCUGUUUUGUAUUUGUGUCUUCAAGGCCCUCUUGGGCAUUAAUAAAUGCUUGUCAAAUUCCAAAA